AUGGGUCUCUAUCAUCGCCGAAGGCCUUCGCCAAUCCAGAUAUUCCCAACACGCGUUCGGCGACAGGAUGCUACAGCGAGCCAGAGCCCAAAGAGCCCAGAGAGCUCAGCUCCUUCUCAGGUCAGUUCACAGGCUGCUACGACGGAGGCGCCGCAAUCGACAGCUGCUCCCGCAACGCCACCACCACCGCCUACACCGUCUUCGUCCAGUGCUCAAGAGCAACCGAGGCCCUCGUCGUCUUCAUCCGCUACGCGACAGCCACAGCAAAGUUCCACCCCGGCUGUCCCCACCUCCGUCGAAUCAUCGACUGCGAAAGAGAGCACUUCAACCUCCGACGAGAGGACUUCAUCUAGCGGUAUUGCCUCGUCGGUUCCGGUUGCUCUGCCAGUUUUUUCCUCAAGUCCAACAUCCACUUCACAGUCAACUGCCCUCCCUUCGCCUACAGGAGGCUCAUCUUUCGUUUCUAGGAGGCCAGCAUCUUCACCUCCAAGUCAGACUGGCUCCUCUUCGGCAUUGAGUGAUUUCGAGCCCUCAACGACCAGGAGCACCUUUGUGCCGGCGCAGUCCGAGCUGGACGGCGAAAGAGAAGGCCUCGGACGACACAGGACCGAACACCAGGAGGGUCCCAUCAUAAGUAAAGGCGCCGAGGCAGCUGCCAUAACCUUGUCUAUCCUGGGGUUCAUUGCUCUCAUUGCGGGUUUGGUUUGGUUCCUCAGACAUCGCCGCAGACGCCGAAAUGAGUCCUCCAUGCGCCACGCGGAGGAUGCUUUCAACCCUGGCAACAGCGGCUCUCUGCAUGCACCGGAAACCGCGCACAUUGACUACGACGGUCCUCCUCCCUCGCUCGCUCACAUGACGAAGUCUUCGACAAGCAGCACUGAAUUGUUCGCCGGCGCGCACUACGAACGACCUGAAACCGUGUCCACGAAAUCGAACAACUCACGUAUUCGUGCUGCACCUUCGAUUGCUCCGCCUCAACCCACGCCAAACCCCUUCGCCGACCCGCCCCGCAACAAAGCCUACGAUCAGCUUCGCGGACGGCCACGCUCGACUACCCUGACGGACCGCGGUAGCUGGGUGGGGAAUCCGUUCAAGGACCCCGCAAGCGAGCGCUUCGACCCCUUUGGCGAGUUGCAGGAGAAGGCGCGGGCGGAGCGGCGGAAGUAUGUUGAGGAGGCGCGACGAGAGGCUGAGGAUAGGAGGCGCAGGGAGGAUGAGCAGGAUUAUCUGGAGAAGGAGAGGGCGGGAUUGAGCGUGCCGAAGCGGGAUGAGAGGAAGGGGAGUGAUGUUACGGUUGGGGGAAUGGGUGUGCUUGAUCGGAGCGGCGAUGGCAGGUGGUCGUGA